AUGAAAGGUGCCCUGAGUGCCCGUGCCAUUAAGAACAUUCAGACCUGGCGUCGGGAGACUGGUGGUGGGCUGGUUGGUAUUUGUGCCGGAGCUGUCUUCUUGUGCGCAAAGGGGCGACGCGGUAGGGGGUUGGUCAACGGAGUUGACCUGGUGCAAGAUGAGAAGUUCCACCAGGCUGGCCUUCAAGGACUGGUGACUCUGGGGCCAGCAGCAGAGGCUCCAAGAAGAUUUCAAAAGUACAUCACUGCAACUCGAAGAGGGAUGACAAGAGACGAAGAAUCCAGCCGAUUUGCGUACCUCUGUGGCCCCGUGUUCCGGGUAAAAAGCAGAAGGGAUGAAGAGUUGGGUGGCCGUGUUGCAGUCUGGGCCAAAGAAAGAAACCCAGUAGCCGCAGCUCGCGAGCUUGGGUUUGCAACGGGUGCCAGCAGUGCCACCCCAAGAAGAAGAAGGCGUGUUGUGGGGCCACUCAAAGGGAGCAGAAGCGACAAUGGAAGAAUAUCGAGCACUUGGUGGGAGUCAUGCCAGAGUCAGCAGCGGUAG